AUGAUCCGUUGGACUACGCAUCGUAUGUAUCUUAGCAAGUAUACUUGUGGACCCAAUCGAAUUCUUUUACUCGAAAUAAAUCCAGGACAGUUUGAAACGGCUCAAAAUGUAGUUCCAUUUAAAGAAAUAUCCACUUUCUUCAUGCACAGUUUGGUUCAUAAUUAUUGCUCACUUUCUUUCUUAUUCAAAACACGUAAAAUUAUCACCCCAUCUCAGUCAGAACACGUAGUGACUCCAAUAUGCGAUGAAGCAUCGCGUAGAUUGGUGAAUUUGCUGAAUGUAAAAAUAUUAAUUGCUGUAGGUAAAUAUACUGAAAGGAGAGCAAAAAUUGCUCUCAGGAAAAUAAUGGCAGCUGCCCCUCUCUGUUUCUGUAUAG